GUGAUUGUGUUAUUGUGACAUUUGUGACGUUUCACUAGAAAUUGCAGUAAAAAUACCGUUAUGUUUACUAAAUUUCGUUAAAUUUUAGCAAACCCAAUAAAUUCUCUUCGUUUACGAUGCCAUAAAUCGUGUCCAAGUCAGGGUACGCAACACCAUGGAUCCCUACGAGCAGCAACUCCUAACCGUCUUCGACAGCUACGACCACGAGCACCUGGGCAGCUUAGACCGCGACGGUCUCACCCAGCUCUGCCAAACCCUCCAACUCGAAGAGCACUCCAGCGACCUGAUCCAAUGCCUCCUCACCGACAAGCACCCGCGCGCCACCUUCGCCGAAUUCAAGGACGCCCUCCUCACCCUCCUCGACACCAUGCAGCACCGGAAAAACACCGACGAUUCGAAAAAAACCGAAUCUCCGGACCGCGAAGUCUCCCCGAAAUUCAUCUACGGCUCGAAGAAAUACGGCCGCCGGUCGCGCCCUCGCAGCGACGAAAUCACAAACAUGCUCGACGAACAGAACGACCUAAAUUACCUCAACAAAAACUCAAACGCCGUCCAGCGGUCCAAUUCCCAGAGCGAAGUCUCCAACUCCAAAAAACGCAAAACCAACUACAAACUCAAACGCUGCACCUCUCUGCCGGCAACGCAGCGAAACUUCGUCGCUAAUAAUAUGAACAACGAGACUGAGUUUGUCUACACGGAGGAGAUGUUGAGGGAAGCGUGGAAGAAACUCGAGGUUGGGAAAGACGGUUACUUGAACCAGAACGAGUUGGUUCUAGUGUGCGAUGCCAUCGGGUUGCAUAACCUGGCCAAGGGGGUGAUGAGGCAACUGUCUGAUAGGCUGAGUGUUGACUAUGACAAGAUCAGUUUUCAAGAGUUGCUAGAGGCCUUGCAAAUGGACGAGACCUGGACCGAAGUCCUGAACUCGCCGGUUAAUGACGUCACUUUAACCGUAACCAAUGAGAUUUUCCCGGAUUCGCGCACAUUCCAGUACGUUACGUUGGGUCCUGACGGCAACGGGGUCAUAAAUGCCGAAACGUUGAUCGAGAUGUGGGAACUAGUGGGGAUCAGUUCGCCCAAAGAACUGAUCCACGAGCUGGGUUUCAACGACCGUGAGAUAAACAUCAUCGAGUUGGCGACGGUGCUAGAGAAGGAAAUUAAAGGCAUCCAUGACUCCUCAAGGCUGGAAAUGCAAAACCCCCACAUUGCCCUUUUGCACGCCAACUUGACGCUGUACCAGUCCGAGAUCAAGUGCUUGAAGCACGUCCUGGAGCAGAUGCACGCCGAGCGGGAGAAACUGAAAUGCGACGUGUUUGAGGCAAACAACCGGGCCAAGUUACUGGCCCAGGAAGUGGACGAUAACCACGUGAAAAUGGAGCGUAACACCCAGAACCAAGUCAGGCUGAUCGAGCAGAGACACUCCGACAUACUCAAGGAGAUAACGCAGCAAUAUGCCGGGGAUAAGGAGCACCUUUCCGCCCUCAACCAGACCCUCGAGGCGAAAAUUUGCUCCCUGGAGCAAGAAGUCAAUAAAUUGAAGAACGACCUAGUCGUGGCCCAAAAAUACUCCUCGACUUUGGAGAAGGAAAACCAGAACUUGUCCAACCAAAUUUCCGAGUUGCAGCAAGUCAAGAGCUUGCUCUCGGACCAGAUCAACUCCCUCGAGUGCGAGAAGCAGAAGUACGUGGAGAUGGAGCAGGAACAGAUCGAGCCGUUGUUGACGAAGUUGUCCACUUUGCAGCUGGAGAACGCGCAGUUGAGGGACCGGAACGACGAAAUGGUGGCGGAGAUUGAGAGCUUGACGUGCCAGGUGUCGAGUAUGAGGGCCAAAGUGGCCAGCACGCCCACGUACAACACCCUGGACCAGAGCAUGGAGGAGAAUAUUUCUGUUGUUUGCGAAGGAGUCGGUUUGGGUGCGAAGCGUAGGAGCGAUUAUUCGCCGACCAAGGACGGCGUUCUCUUCGGUAUAGGACCUUCACACGCCAUGUCGUUUGCAGCCGACGGCAGUCCCCGGCUCGGCAAGGUGCGAAAAUUCCACAAGGAGCGGCCCGACCACUUGGACGUCGUGCCCUUCACGUCGAACGAGAGCGGGUUCGAGGCCGAAAUCGAUGCCUUCGACAGCUCGUUUUCGGGAACCGACGAAGAGAUCACCAGGUUGCAGGCCAAGGUCGCGUUCCUCGAACACACGCUCGCCCAGCAUUCGAUUCCGAUACCCGGUGAUUACGCGGUGGAAAAUGCCACCUCUGACACAAUAAAUAGUCUUAGAGCGAGAGUGCAAGAAUUAGAGAAACUUUUUGGUGACUUGAGCGAUGUUAGUAAAAUGAUAAACAAGAACGGCUUAAGUUGUGAUAAUUUGAAAAGUGUUGGUGAAAAACUCGAGAUGAUUCUGAGCCAACGAAACGAAAAAGUUUUCAGCGACGCUAAUGUCGGGACUGACACAGACUUGGUUUCAUUCGAACACCGGGUAAAACAAUACGAGGAAGAGAACGAAAUGUUGAAAACCAAAUGUUCCGAACUGGAAAACUGUGUGGAACUUCUCAAGAACGAAUACGAGAAGUGCGAAGACUACUGGCAGUCCAAACUGGAGGAAGAGCGCCAAAUCUUCGAACAGGAACAGAGCCAAAGUAGCGAAAAACUCACCGACUUGAUCAACAAAAUGGCCGAGUACGAGGAACAGUUCGCCAAUCAGGACACCCUCGACAGCAGAUUGCCCCCAAUCGAAGAAACCUACAAUUUGGAGAAACAAUUCACCGACCUGGAGCAAGAAUUCGAAGAUUACAAGCUCCAAAGCGAGAACGAACUGUUCAAACGCGACGAAGAAAUCUCUAUUUUGAAGCAAAAACUGACCGAUCUGGCCCUGAGUCAGAAAGACAGUGCCGAAAUGGGGACCCAGGUCAACAGUCUGGACGAAAACUCCCGCAUAAGCACAAAAAUGAACAGUCUGUCCCUGUGCAUGGUCGAGUCCACGAACUUAUUUUCCUCCGAUGCGAUGCCAGUUCCGUGGUCCCCUGAGAAAAAGCCAGAAAUGGUGGACUGGGGUAAGGAGUCGAGAAGUGACACAAACUCGACUCAGACCUCGCUGUCGUGGCAGAACGGUAGUGGGCAGCCGUCAACGUCGAACUCGUCCACUUUGGAGAAAAACUCCACGCCUUGUAGGCCCAAGCGGACGCGGAAGCACGACCGGAAUAAUUGUCUCUACAAGAAAAACAGUCAGGAGAUGAAGAAGAGUGACGAUUUUCCCUCCAGACGGGAGGAGCAAGUUGUUACGUUACCUGUGAGUACAAUUCAUGGCUUGAACGGCCGGUUGCACCACCUGGAGCAGAGGUGCAGGCAGCUGCAGAUGGUGCUGAAGCAGCAGCAUUUUUACACGGAACAGGCCUUGCAACAGUGUCGGCAGCAUCACAAGAGUGAGAAGACCGAAUUGCAGUGCAUUUUGCGCAGUCAUCAAGAGAAGUUGGACCAACAAGUGAGGAUCUGCAACGAUCAGUUGGAGAGACUCGCCAGGUCAGAUAUGUUAGUCAAGGAGUUGUAUGUGGAGAAUUCGUAUCUGAUUGCAAAAGUACAAAGACUUGAGCAACAGUGCCAUAUCUUGGCACAGUGUAACUCGAAUAGUAGUUCGGUGUAGUUGGAGCCUAUUUUUGCCUAAUUGUAGCGAUAGUUGACUAUUUUUAAAGACUAAAUAUUUAAUUUUGUGUGAGUUUUUUUUUGUAUAUUCUGAUUGAUUGUUAAAUUACCUGACUAGAGAAUUGUAAGAGUAAUAAUGUUAUGGGUUGUUUAUUCUUUUAUAUGAUGUACUUUUGUUACAUAUCAUUUAUUUUUACUUAUAUCCAAAGAAUUUAACACGAUAAGUAUCUAGUUACUGUUACUAUUAACUACUAAUUUUUAAAGUGUCAUAUUAUUGAUAAAUAAAGUAACGUCAAACAUUU